UUUUCUUCUUAUUAGAUCGGGGUUGGGUAGUUAUGAAUUCUCCAUCAUCAUAUUUGGAAGAACUUGGUCUGUUUCCAAUUGGGAUUUGUGCAUUCUCUUUUACUUUUCACGAAAAUUUGAGAAACAAUUAGGAAAUAGGCUGUUGAAUUUGAUUUCUUGCAACUCGUAGACUGGGUCUUAUCAUGGCAUUAUACUGAAUGUGGAUCUCUAGAUUGCAUCUCUUCGUGAAUGCUCAUUUUGCUUCGGGGAUUGAACAUUGAUUGCAUUACUUGCACUCGCGGGGGUUUUUCCUACUUACACAAAUUAGGGCUUAAUUUUCUACCAGGGCUGUUGUAGGGAGGGGUGUUUGAUAGUUCUGACAUUUUUAUUGGAUUAUAUUUCGGAUCUACUCGUAGGUCGUUGUUGCGUUUUGGGGCCUGACUUUGAUUAUAUUCUGGUCCUGGAGCUUCUUGGAGAUGAGUCAAAGGGGUUUAGUUUAUAGCUUCGUUGCAAAAGGGACUGUCGUGUUGGCAGAGCACACUUCAUAUUCAGGAAAUUUCAGUACCAUUGCUGUUCAAUGCUUGCAGAAGCUGCCUUCGAAUAGCAGCAAAUACACAUACUCAUGUGAUGGAUACACAUUUAACUUCCUCAUUGACAAUGGAUUUGUUUUCCUUGUUGUUGCUGGUGAAUCUAUUGGGCGGAGUGUGCCUUUUGUAUUUCUUGAACGUGUGAAGGAUGAUUUUAAACAGCGUUAUGGUGAAAGCAUUAAGAAUGAAGGUGCCCAUCCAUUGGCCGAUGAUGAGGAUGAUGAUGAGUUUUUAUUUGAAGACAGAUUUAGCAUUGCCUAUAGUCUAGACAGAGAAUUUGGGCCAAGACUUAAGGAGCAUAUGCAGUACUGCAUGAACCAUCCAGAAGAAAUGAGCAAACUGUCAAAAUUAAAGGCUCAAAUAACUGAGGUCAAGGGGAUAAUGAUUGACAAUAUUGAGAAGGUUUUGGAUCGUGGCGAGAAGAUUGAACUUUUAGUGGAUAAAACUGAAAGCCUUCAGUUCCAGGCUGAUAGCUUCCAGAGGCAAGGAAGGCAGCUUAGACGGAAGAUGUGGCUACAGAGUCUUCAAAUGAAGCUAAUGAUGGGAGGAGGAAUCCUCAUCAUAAUCGUAAUAUUAUGGGCUAUUGCCUGUGGUGGUUUCAAAUGUUGAUAAAGGUUGAGCCAAGCAAACUGAGAUCUGUUAUCACCUAAGAACCUAAAGGGAUGAGGAAAGUGGUACUAUACUUCACCUUGUACAUUGACUAAGAUUCCAGAAUUUAUCUUGCUGCUGUCAGGGCAUGUAAUUAAGGUUGAGGAAAGCUGCUGGUUCCUUUUAAUCAAACUUACUUUAGAAGACACACAUGGGUUUCUUUUUCAUAUUAUUUUGGACUAUAUUUAGCAUAUUGCGC